UGGUUUUCUUUAAAAAGAAGAAAAUCAAGUAAGAAAGAAAUUAGUGUAUGCUUUGGUGUAUAUAAAUACUUUUUUUUGUAUGUAAACUAUAAAAGUUAAAAUUAAAUUGUAUUUAAAAGAAUUGUAUUUCUUAUUAUUGUGAGAUGAUUGCUUAGGGAAAAUAUUAUGGGCAUAUUACUAAUGUAAAAAGUAUGAAUAACAAACUUGUUAUCAUAAAAAAUUAUUACAAGCCUAACUUAAAAUUAAGUUUAACAUUAGUUAAAAUGAAUGGUAGUAGAUGACUUGGUGAAAAUGGCUAUUUAAUGGUUAGGUUUUGUUAUAUCAAUGACAUUGAAGUUCUUGUAUAAAAUUAGAUUUAUGAAAUAUACACAGAAGUCAGUUGCUUAUUAUGCAGUAUGAAUUUAAUUCAUAUAUACUUGCAUUUAAACAAAAAUUAAAGACAAGUUAAAAAAGUACUUCUACUGUUCAUUGGUGUUCAAACAUAAAUAAAGCUUGUUUAUCAUAGAGAAUUUAGAUUAAGAAAUGAAGAAUCAUUUGGCAAAACAGAAACCAGUACAUACUUGGACUAUAUCAGAUGUAGGUGAAUGGUUAUGUAAAAAUGGCUUUUCUCAGUAUAAAGAAUUAUUUUGUGAUAAACAUAAAAUUGAUGGCUUAGCAUUAAUUACUUUAACAAUUGAAGAUUUACGACAACCACCAGUUCAAAUUCCUGUUUUAGGUGAUAUCAAAAGAAUAUUGGCAAAAAUAAAAACUUUACGUUCUGAAAAUUCAUGUUUUGAUUCAAAUGCUUCUCCUAAAGGAAAAUUGAAUUUGAAAAAGCUUUCCGUUUCUCAAAGUUCAAGCUCUUGUUCAGAUGAAGAUGAAAUUAAUUCUUUUUCUGCUGACUGCACUGAUUAUGUUAACCCUAGAAAAAUGAGUCCACUUGAAGAAGAUAUGAAAAAUGCAGUUGUUUCAGUAUAUUUCCGCACAUUUGUUAGUUUUAUAUAUAUGUUAGCUGUUUUUUUGCUGGCUUCAUUUACUUUAGCAGUAGUACACGACAGACUUCCAAAUACUUCUGAUUACCCCCCACUUCCUGAUGUAUUCUUGGAGGCUAUUCCAUUUAUGCCUUGGGCUUUUUACUUAUGUGAAGUUUGUGGUUCAAUUAUGUUAUUUUUUUGGUGUAUUAUUAUUAUUUUUCACAAACAUCGCUUAGUUGUGUUCAGACGAUCUUGCGCACUUGCUGGCACAAUAUUUUUAUUCCGUUGUUUUACAAUGUAUGUUACAUCUCUUAGUGUACCUGGAAAACACCUAGACUGCUCACCAACAAAAUAUGGUACUUUUUAUAAUCGUUUAAUACGAGCACUUGAGAUAUUCACUGGUUGUGGAAUGGCUUUGCAAGGUGUAAGAACAUGCGGUGAUUAUAUGUUUAGUGGUCACACUGCAACUCUCACUCUAUUAAAUUUCUUUGUUAAUGAAUAUACGCCACGCCGUUGGUAUUAUCUGCACACAUUUUGUUGGCUACUAAAUAUUUUUGGUAUUUUUUUUAUUCUCGCUGCCCAUGAACAUUAUUCUAUUGACGUACUAAUAUCUUUUUAUAUCACAUCUCGGCUGUUUAUGUAUUACCAUACAUUAGCUAGUGCUGUCCAAAUAAGUCCCAGUGAUGAUAGGAGGCGAAGGUUUUGGUUCCCUCUAUUUUGGUUUUUUGAGUAUGGAGGUCCCUUAGUCAUCAAAAAUGAAUUUGAAUGGCCUUUUUCUUUUGAUAUAUUUAUUAACUUAUUUACAAAUAUGCAAAAAAGUAAAAAGAAAAAAAACUGAGUUUUUGAGAAUAUUUUUAAAGAAUAUUUAACUUUUAGUUGUAAAUUUUCUCAUAGUUUCGUUUGAUUAUGUUCUUUUAACAAUAAUAAUAGUCAAUGAGUGAA